UGUCAAGUGUCAGUUUCCACGUGGGCUCAGCUUAGAUUGAGUCUGGUGUUAAACUUGAAUUAUCUUUGAUUCUAGUUACAUUUACUAAUUAAAUUUAAAGCAAUGGUAAAAGUUAAAAAACCUUCCAAAGUAAAACAACGAAUCACUGAACCCGUAACUAAAGAUGAAAAUGUACCUUUACCUCCAGUACGAAUGUCUAGUGAUCCUGCACCCAAACAGGUGAAAUGGAUAAACAGACAGAGGGUACUCGUCUUUGCGAUGAGAGGUAUCAAUCAUCGUCACAGGCAUUUAAUGGAAGAUAUUAAGAAAUUAAUGCCACAUCAUAAGACAGAGUCCAAAAUGGAGAGAAGCAAAAACUUGUAUGUUGUUAAUGAAAUUAGCGAGAUGAAAAACUGCAACAAAUGCAUUUUAUUUGAAGGAAGAAAGAUGAGGGAUUUGUAUAUGUGGAUAUCUAAUAUACCAAAUGGACCAAGUGCUAAAUUUUUGGUGGAAAACAUUUAUACAAUGGGGGAACUGAAAAUGACUGGCAAUUGUUUGAGAGGAUCUAGGCCUUUGUUAUCUUUCGAUCCACAAUUUACAAAAGAUCCUCACUACUGCUUACUGAAAGAAUUACUGGUACAAAUUUUUGGUGUACCUAAUUAUCAUCCAAAAAGUCAACCAUUUUUCGAUCAUGUGUAUACCUUUAUGGUAUUAGAUAACAGAAUUUGGUUCAGAAAUUAUCAGAUUCUGUCUGAAGAUGGUGCUUUAGCUGAAAUAGGACCACGAUUUGUAUUGAAUCCUGUCAAGAUAUUCUCAGGAUCGUUUGGGGGUGCAACAUUAUGGGAAAAUCCUAAAUACAUUAGUCCUGCCAAACUAAGACAGGCUUAUUCUAGAAAAGCAGGUAACAAAUAUGAAAACAGGAUCGAAAAGAAGGCCUUGUAUGAAGCAACAAAACCUGAAACAGGCUACCCUGAUAUAGAAGGUGCAGAUUUCUUCAAAGGAAAUCCAAUAGAAAAGGCAAAGGAAGUGAUUAUAAAAGAGGAAAUUGAAAACGAGACUUCUGUAGCAGAGGGUAGAUUUGUGAAGAAGCCAGUAUUUUCUAUAAAAUCAUCUAACCGUCCUGAUAAGGUUAUCAGAAGGAAACAAUUGAAAGCUAAAAGCAAACUUAUUUCAGAUCAAAUAAAGAAACGAAAACAAUUUAAAAAGAAAAAACCUUCUAAAAUGUAAAUUUUUAUUAUUUUAUAAAAUAAAGCACAUUUUCACACACGUGAUUGUUAUUUCUGUGAAAAAUACCAUAAAAAGCAGUCAGGUGCUAAAUAUUUUAUAUUAAAAUACGUCUAAAUUAAAUAUAGUUCAAAAGCUGGCAGUCAUAAAAUAUUCCAAAAAAUUAUAAAAUGUACCCUCAAAUGUCACAAUAUUGAAGUAUUAAUAAUUUAAUUUUGAAGUAUUAUCUUCUCUCUAUUUAAAUUAAUGCAAUUUUCAAAAUUUACAACACAAUAAAAUAGCUCACAAGGCCCAAUCUGAUAUUUAUGAUUUAAUACUUAUGUAUCAUUUGUGGCAUUAUUUUAUAUCAACCUCGGCAACAUUAUUCACAAACAAUUUCUAUUAUUGAUUCCUUUUCUUUUCAAAUGCAUAGUAGAACCAACGAGCUCAUAACCCUCCUGGUGACAAAUGGUUACCGGGCCCGUAGAUACAACGAGAAUGCCGCCAUCAGCGUUAUACUUGAGGUUGAAGUUUCAAUUAGAUUGUAUUACGGUUAUCCCAUCCUUCAAAUCUAACACUGUUUUUAAAUCAAAUCAUUUUGUUAUCAAACUUAAUUCUUAUU